GGAGACAGUUAUAAGGGUUUGGCGGAGUGAUGCGGCUCUUUCUCUUCUUCCCCAGCCUCCUUCCCUCCCUCUAUCUCACUCGCAGAAGCUGUUUUUCAAGCGUUUUACUUCUGACUUAGUGAAAUAAAGACACUCUUGGCCAACUUGAAGCAGCAGCAACAGAUACAUAAAGUAUAGAGAGGAUGGGAGCAGCAGAGGUUCAAACUGACCCAUCGAGCCUAUAUGAGGCGGACUAUGUGGGCAACGUUGAUUUGUCGGACACGGAAAUGGUGCAUACCGUGAGAAAUGCACUUGCAUCUGUCCAAACUGGGGAAUCAGACCUCUACAAUGAGCUUGUUGGAGUUAUGCACAUCAAAGAAUUUUCUAAUCCUGCAGUGGCACAGCUUGAGAUAAUCUUGAAGGCUUUAUCAGGGUCUGUCGCUUGCAUAGAUAUCACUCACCAUCGAAAGCUGCUUUCUUCGAUUUUUGGAAUGUCAUUGUGGGACCUCCAACCUUAUGUCAUGGAUGCAUUGGUGGACCUAGUCAUAUCACUGGCUGCCACUAGUGGAAAGUAUCUAGACUCUUGUCUGAAUAUGCUCAUAAGCAACUUCAUUCCACCGCGUUGGGCAACAAAUAAACUUUCCAACUCCCGUGUAAUCGACAAAAUGACCGACAAAAUGACGGAAGUUUUUUCUCGGGUUCAUGAAGCCCUUCUGAAAAUCUCUCUUUUGGUUCCUCUUGCUCCCUCGAGAUUAUUGCCCAUGCUCGCCCAGAGAAUGCCUAAAUCAAACAAAAAUGACCAGGUGGUAAGGAUAUAUGUAAAGAACUUAUUAGAGUUGGAGAAUAGUCCAAUCGGGCAAGUUGGCGGCCGCAUGAUUCUUAUGAUGGUUAUGGAGAGGCUGCGAGAUUUGGAUUUGGAGAUUGGAUGGGAUGAUAUUCUACAAGAUGACUCUAGUAGAGGCAUGUUUGAUAUGGAACUUGAAGAUGCAGUUGAAGGCACUAUGAAUGAAGGAGACGAGCUUCCAGUGGGAUCUGUUAAUCAAGAUACAUCAGGUGGAGAUAUAAUGUCCGAGUGUUUGGACAAAUUGAUGGUCAUAUCAUUUGAACAUCUUGAAUCCUGUCAAAAUGCUGGUCGUUUGGAUCAGGUGUUUGAAAACCUCUUCGCGUCAUUUGAGAACUUCAUUCUGAAUACAUACAAAUCAAAAGUUUCCCAGUUUCUGAUGUUCUAUGCAUGUUCACUGGAUCCUGAGAAUUGUGGUGCGAAAUUUUCGAGUAAGCUGGUGGACAUUUUUCUCUCCAGCAACAAGCCUCGACCUACUAGGAUGAGUGCGGUGGCUUAUCUAGCUAGCUACUUGGCUCGUGCAAAGUUUUUGCCUGUUUACUUUGUGGCUAGCAUGUUGAAAAGGUUGGUAGAUGAGUGUGCGGAUUACUGCAGAACUUGCAAUGAUGAUAUUAGGCCUGAAGCACAUCAGAUUUUCUACUCCGGAUGCCAGUCGAUCAUGUACGUGCUCUGCUUCCGGAUGAGAUCCAUCCUGGAUGUUCCUCACUUUCGGACCCAGCUUAUACCGUUGGAGUCAAUUUUGAUGCACAAACUAAACCCAUUGAUGGUAUGCCUUCCAUCCGUAGUUGCAGAGUUCCUUAGACAAGCUAAAGCAGGUGGCCUGUUCAUCGUGUCAGACUCCUUCAUCUUCGAUGACCUACUUGAGUCUGAGCUUUCCCGUGCUUUUGGCGGGUGUGAGCGGCUUGAUACAUUCUUCCCCUUUGACCCUUGCUUGCUAAAAGACGCUAACAGCUUUAUAUCCCCGAAUUUCAACUAUUGGUCAAUGGUGAAAGCGACCUAUGACGAAGAUGAUGAUGAGGAUGAUGAGGAUGAUGCUGAGAUAAUUGUGAACGGGGAUGAGGAGAGUGAUGAAGAGGACGAGGCUGAUCUUGAUUACGCCAUGAACAAGAUGUCCAUAACGCCUAAGCACUCUUUCAAGAACAAGAUGGAAAGAGACAGACUUAUGAAGAUGCCUUCCAGAAUCAGACCUUCCACUAGUCCUGAAUCCUUGUGAGUUUUGUUUUUGGUGGGGGGGGGGGGGGCUCAAUACGCAUUUUUGUAGCAAUAUGUAACAGUGAUUCGAUUCGACUCAACUCAACUCGGAACUUAUUAAUACAUGAAAUGAAACAAUGUUUGUUUG